AAAUUGAAAUUAUCUACAUAAAAAGUGAAUUCACCUGCUAAGCUGAAUCGAAUUGAAAAUUAAUUGCAUCUAAUCGAUAUAUGUUAGAAGAAAAUAUUCGAGCUCAAGGCUCGUAUUAUUUCCAAAACCAAAUAAUAUCAAAAUUCUAGAAUUAUGAAUCGAUAUAUUACCUUAAGCCAAUUGGGUGAUGGAACAUAUGGAACUGUUGUCCUUGGACAACGGAAGGAUACCGGCGAAAAGGUAGCCAUUAAACGUAUGAAACGAAAAUAUUAUUCAUGGGAAGAGGCGAUGAACCUACGUGAGGUCAAGUCAUUAAAGAAACUAUCACACCCUAAUAUUGUUAAAUUAAAAGAAGUUAUUCGUGAGAAUGAUACCCUGUAUUUUGUAUUCGAAUACAUGAAAGAGAAUUUAUAUCAAAUGAUUAAGGACAGGGACACACAUUUGCCGGAAAAUACGAUAAAAAGUAUAUUGUUUCAGGUUCUAACGGGCUUAGCUUUCAUGCAUCGCCACGGAUUCUUUCAUCGUGAUCUUAAGCCUGAAAAUCUUCUCUGUUCUGGUCCGGAGCUAAUAAAAAUUGCAGAUUUUGGUUUAGCAAGAGAAAUUAGAUCAAGGCCACCAUUUACGGAUUACGUUUCAACUAGAUGGUACAGAGCUCCUGAGGUUCUACUCCAUUCAACCCAUUACGGUAGUUCCAUAGAUCUAUGGGCGAUGGGUUGUAUUAUGUCGGAGCUGUACACUUUCCGACCUCUUUUUCCUGGAAGUAGUGAAGUGGAUCAACUGUUUAAAAUUUGUUCUGUUUUAGGAACUCCAAGCAAGAAUGAUUGGCCUGAUGGACAUCGUCUUGCAGCCACAAUACAUUUCCGUUUCCCAGACUGUGUAAAAGUACCCCUAAAUAACAUAAUCACUCGAGUUAGCUCAUCAGGUCUUCAGCUGCUCGAAGACUUUUUAUUUUACGACCCAGAAAGACGACCUACAGCUCAGCAAAGCAUCAAAUACCCCUACUUCCAUGCUGUCAAACGUGUAUCUCCAGGCAACUUAAAUGGCAUGAAAAAUUACAAAUAUGUCACUGCAUCUAGUGUUCUUCCAAUAAUGAAAGAAAAAAUUCACAUAUCUACCGAACAUUUGAAUAACAACAAAAACAAUAACAACAACAACAACGUGUCCAACAGUAAUGCCAACUUGAGAAAUAUUGUGGAAAAUGGUCAAGCGAUAUUAGUGCCGAAAAUAAGUUAUCUUGUCAAUCCCGAAUCUGUCAAAGGUGAUAAUGAAUCGAUAAAAAGUGGAUCGAUACGAUACAGUGCGAUUAUAGCUCCAUCUAGUGAUAUUUUCCAAGGAGGUCUUACAAAACGCGAAGAAAGUAUCGGGCCCACAGAAUCGAUUAACGAUAUUUAUCUGAAUCGCAAUAUAUCACAGUUGUUCGGUUUGACAAAUCAUCAUCCGAAUGUGUCAUUUCAUUCAGCAAAACCAAUUGUGGCAAAUGGCAAUCUCAAUUCAGCUAAAAGUUUUUCUAUAUAUGACACUGUCAGUAUGAAUGCCAGGAAUGCCAAUAUGCAGAGACUAAAUGGUUUCUAUGUGCAACGACAGGCACCUGAGGAGAGUAAGGUGUAUAAUUUAUUUUCAAAAGUUGCUACCAAGCCACAAAUGCCAUCUCUGCUGAUACGAAAUACAUAUGACAGAGGAGACAGGGAUGAUUUUCUACCAAGUUCUGAAAAUCUUUCAGCUAGAAGUCGGGUAAGCAUUGCAAACGGCAGGAUUAUUGAGCCCGCAAGUAAUCGAAGUGUUAUAAGUAAUUGGGAUACUGGGACAGCUGGUGAUGAUUUAGAUACGAUUUUGGGUUCAAAAAUCAAAUCGUCUACAAAAUCUCGAAAGAAUUCAAAUGCAAAAGCCAGCCAACUACUUGAAGAUCUGUUUGGUCAUUUGUCAAUGGAUUCUGACAUAAGUGACAACAAGUAUACGAAUAAUCUGCCAUAUAAUAGUAAUUCACUGCAUCAACUGUCAACGGGUCGUAACUCAAGCCUUCAAAAUGGUCGUUCCAAUGAUCAUUCGUUAUCGAUUGGAAUAAAGGAUAGUUUAGAGGCUAAUAAUGGGAGUCGAACUGAUUCAUUGUCGACAAAUGGUGAUAUGUCAAAAUGUGCUAUUAAUCAAGAAGAAGAUUUUCAAUUUUGGCCAAUCAGAGUACCGACAAAUUCCGAUUUUAAACAACCAUCAACGGCAAAACCAGCAUUUCCCUGGGACGAAACGAAUAAAACCGAAGAUGAAAAACUCACAGCAUGGAUGGUAUCGGAAAAUGGAUCAUUUUUGGAGAAACAAAAUAAUGCCAAAGGAUACAACAUGAUGAAUAACAACAACAACAGCAACAAUAAUGUCAAUAAUACACGAUCAACAACAACAACAAGCUGGACUUCAAAGUACCUGAAUAAAUAAUAAAUUUAACAAAGACAAAGAGAGAAUAUAAUUUAAAAAUUCAAUAGUAGCUCAGUCAAAUAAGGAUUCAAAGUUUUCGAUCGUAUUAGGUUUGGAUGAAGUAACUUUUUAUC